CUUACGCAGAUAUUUCAAUACUUACCCUUAUAUUAAUAUUCCAUUAUUCAUAAUUUCAUUUCUCCCAGCCCAACCCAGCCUAAUCGUACUCGAGAUUAACACUAUUAAAGGCAAUUGCUGCCAAUCAAAUUACAUAUCCAUUACAACACAAAACUUUCAUAUAGCAACCCAAAAAAAAAUGUUGACCAAAAUACUGACGGUGGUUCUUCUGGCAACGAUCACAAUGGCGAGUCCGGCAAUGUCGUACAGGCUUCAGAUUAACGUUUCAAAUCAAUUGAGUAGAGGUCGCAAGAUCACGGUGCGAUGCGAGUCUAAAGAUGACGACUUGGGCUCCCGUCGCCUCGUCAGCGGCGAUGUGUAUAGUUGGAGUUUUUCGCGCAACAUUUUUGGCACAACGCUUUUCUGGUGUGAUGUGGCCACCGCACGCAGCAAGAAGCAUCUCUCUUUCAAUGCAUACGACGAAAGCCAAAGAAAGAAAGGGAUGCCCAAGCUUCAUGAACUUACCUGGGAGAUCAAGGACGACGGUCUUUAUUUUGCUGGUUUUCCCAUUCCAAUUGCGCCAUGGGUCUCUCAGUAAGGUGGUUGUCAUAUAUUCUUAGCUUGUUGUUUCAGUUUGGUCCAUUGUAUCUUGUUGUGAUGUUGGGGUUUCAUUUACUGUAUCGUAUUGAUUGAUUGAUGUGUUUUGAGCGUAUACCAGCAGCCUGCAAAAGCACAAAUAUUCUACUAGUUGUUUAUGCCUUAAUAUUAAUCUCGUAUCACAUCAGUUAACUACAAGGAAUGUAAUGGUUUCAUGGUUUCAUGUGUUACAUUAACGGUUUAUUUCAGUUAUCCAUGAUUCAUAUUACAAAAGUAUCCAUUGAGUCUUAGGAAUGUCUUUCCAUUGUACAUGUCAUUUCUAAAAUUAAAUAAGGUUGGAAUAUGGAU